GUAUAGUAGCAGCAAGUAUAAGACAGGCAGCGCAUCUUCAACCCAAGAACGUUUUUUUUUUUCUUUCGCUAAACUGAAAUUUAAUAUUUAUGUGAGCACUCACAGUCUUUCAAUGUUUGUUCUUAGCCUCUCAGGUUUAGGAUCAAGGCAGCGGAGUUUAAUAAGCCAGUUCGCUUUCUCCCACUGGUAAAACCUGUCUGCACAUGUCAUUGCAAUGGCAUGGCAGUGAAAUUUCAGCACUCAUCUUGUAUGUUAACAGAGUGUUUUGGCUUGUCUGAGUAUUUUUGCGUGAAUCCAACAUUUCUCAAGGCAUUCACAAGGACUGCGAUGUGUCACUGGAUUCUGUUCUCCUUGGUUGCACUCUUUGGAUUCACUUUUGAUGCAGGGCUUGGAAGGGUGGCUGCAGGGGUGGGCCAUCGAUGUGAGAACCAGGCUUGUAACCCCCGCAUGGGGAACCUGGCCUUGGGCAGGAACCUGCUCACUGAGUCAGUGUGCGGACACAACUCCACCGAACUCUACUGCUCUAUCACAGAGAAUGCAGACGGGUCCUGCAGGCCGCCCAAGUGUGGGAAAUGCAACGCGGCGCACCAUCAGCACUCCCACCUGCCCGCGGCCAUGACAGACUCCUCGUUCCGCUUCCCCAGCACGUGGUGGCAGUCUGCAGAGGGCGUGCAGCGGGAGACCAUCCAGCUGGACCUGGGGACAGAGUUCUACUUCACUCACAUGAUCAUGGUGUUCAAGUCCCCCCGGCCGGCCGCCAUGUUGCUGGAGAGAUCGCAAGACUUCGGGAAGACCUGGAGGCCUUGCAAAUACUACGCCACCAACUGCACCGAAACGUUCGGCUUGGGGGAUGACACUGAACAGGACGGGGCGGUCUGCACUACCAAAUACUCCGGAGCCUUCCCCUGCACACGAGGAGAGGUUAUAUACCGGGCCCUGUCACCCUUGCAUUCAGCAGUGGAUCCUUACAGUGCAGAAUCCCAGGACCAGCUGAAGGUGACCAACAUUCGAGUACAACUCUUGAAGAGGCAGCAGUGCCCGUGUCUGGGUAAAGACCCGGCCACCAAACCACAGCACCUGGCGCACUACGCUGUCUACCAUUUCAUUGUGAAGGGCAGCUGUUUCUGCAAUGGCCAUUCUGAGCAUUGCGUAACAGUAGAUGGGUAUCGUUCAGUCAGAGAAAGGACACAUCAUAUGGUCCAUGGAAAGUGCAUUUGCAAGCACAAUACAGCAGGUGACCAUUGUCAGCUCUGCACACCACUUUACAAUGACCAGCCCUGGCAGCCUGCUGACGGCGCAACCGGGGACCCCCAUGAAUGUAAGAAGUGCAAAUGCAAUGGGCACGCAGACAGCUGCCACUUCGAGCAUGGCGUGUGGUUGGCGUCAGGGAAGCGCAGCGGAGGAGUGUGUGACCGCUGCCAGCACAACACAGAGGGGCAGCACUGCCAGAGAUGCAAGACUGGCUUCUACAGAGAUCCUCGCAGACCCUUCUCUGCUCCAGAUUCCUGCAAACCUUGUGCGUGCCAUCCUAUUGGUUCUGUACCAUAUGAACUCAGUGCCUUGUCCCUUUGUGACCCGAGCAACGGGGAGUGCGUCUGUAAGCCUGGAGUCGGGGGCCCACACUGUGACAAGUGCAUGGUGGGAUACUGGGGCUUUGGAGAGUAUGGCUGCCGACCGUGUGACUGUGCUGGGAGCUGUGAUCCAUUCACUGGGGACUGCAUUAGCAGCAGUUCUGAUGUAGACUGGUACCACAAGAGUGACUAUCUCUCCCAGCACAAUGAGACUGAGCCCGUGUGGGACUGGGUGGAUGAACAAGGCUUCUCAGCUCUCCGGCAUUCAGGUAAAUGUGAAUGUAAAGAGCAGGUCUUGGGAAACCCCAAAAUAUUCUGUGCUAUGAAAUAUACCUACGUCUUGAAAAUAAAGAUUCUCUCAGCUCAUGACAAAGGCUCACAUGCAGAAGUAGACGUCAAGGUCAAAAAGGUAUUAAAUCCCACAAAAAUGAAGAUUGUUGGUGGGAGAUUGACACUGUACCCUGAAUCCUGGACAACCCGAGGCUGCACGUGUCCCAUUCUAAACCCUGGAAUGGAAUACCUGGUGGCAGGACAUGAGGAUCGGAGGACGGGUCGAUUGAUUGUCAACAUGAAAAGUUUUGUCAAGCCCUGGAAACCAGACCUUGGGAGAAAAGUAAUGCAGUUUUUGAAGACUGACUGCAAGUGGUAAAUUUAAGGUGAAGAACAGAUAGUAUUCUGUGCACUAAGUGGGUUUAACUGAUGAGUGAAUACCCAAGAAGCAGAAAUGGAUUAACAUGCCAUAAAAAAUAGGUUCUGAGGUACGAUAGGACUUGGGCUUGUGCUCAGACCAAAGCUGGCAAUAUUUCCUGCACACCUAACUUCAUUCUCUAAAGCACUUUACUACCUGUCAGGCCAAGGCAUUAAAAGACUAUGGGAUCAGAUGUUUCUUAAAAACAAAAUUAUAAAAAUAAGCAAAUGUUGCAGAGAAUGGCCCUGCUUCACCGGGAAAGACAUGGAAAAGUCCUUUAAUGAAGUUUGAAGUGGAAGAUUGAACUUUACCGAUCUCUCCACAUCUCGCUGUUUGAUUGUCGCUGUUAUGAGGAUGUCAUCUUAAUGAAUCUUGAAGGUUUUUGUUUGACUGAAUAAUGCAAAGAUGGGAUCAAAAGUAAAAAUGUAUUUUUCUUCAUGGUUUUUACAUUGAAUAUUCAGCUUGUGCUGGUGCAUUAUUUGAGGAAAAUAUAUCCCGUAAUGCACACACAUUACACUUAGCUAUUCUGAGGACAUGUCACAUCUUAAUGAUGGAUAUCUCACUGUAUUCCAGAAGGUAAAAUAAUUAGUGGAUAAUAGCUCCUCUGGGUUCAGAUCACAUAGCCAUAACAAGGCAUUUCUUGAACAUUAUUUUAAAAUUAUUUUGUGUAACGUAUACUUAAAAAGUAAGUAGCAGGGUUCAGAAAAAUACAGCAUUAUACAUCCUCACGUGAUACUGCCUGUCAUUUUUCUUUUCGUGGUUAACAUACUGACAACUUUUUAAUCUUAUAACUUUAAAGUCUGUUUCAAAGCUCUUUUCAAAAUGUCCGCUCUAGUGCACUGGUGUUUGAGA